AUGGCCGACUACGAGGACGAGUACGACUACGAAAACUACGGCGAGGAUGACGACGACGAGGGCAUCACCCCCGAGGACUGCUGGACCGUCAUCUCGUCGUUCUUCGAGACCAAAGGAUUGGCCUCGCAGCAGACCGACUCCUUUGACGAGUUUACCCAGACAACGGUCCAAGACCUCGUCAACGAGUAUUCCACCAUUCACCUCGACCAGCCGAAUCCGCCCUCGCCGCCGGGCGUCAAGAUUGCCCUCCGCCGAUACGAAAUCAAGUUUGGCGCCGUUAUGGUCUCACGCCCAACCAUUUCCGAGACGGAUGGCACCGUUACCUCGCUGCUCCCCUACGAGUGUCGCGACCGAAACUUGACGUACGCCAGUCCCAUGUACAUCAAGAUCACGAAAAAGGUCAAGUCGGCCAUCGAGAGGGAUGUACCCCUGCAUGAGAUGGACGAAGCCCAGCAUGCCGAGAUGGCCAGGACGGGCGUGACCCCGACCAAGCUCGUCUGGGAGCGCGAGGAGACUGGCGACGACGACGAAAGCGACGACGACGACGACGACGAAGGCAAGCAAAAGGCUGACGACCCCGGAAGCUGGAAGAACAUGGUCUUCGUCGGCAAGCUUCCCAUCAUGGUCAAGUCCAAGAUAUGCCACCUCAGCCGCGAGUCGGACGAGAACCUCUUCACCGUCAACGAGUGCCCCUACGACCAGGGAGGCUACUUCGUCAUCAACGGCAGCGAAAAGGUGCUCAUCGCCCAGGAACGCUCGGCCGCCAACAUCGUCCAGGUCUUCAAGAAGGCUCAGCCGAGCCCGUACACGUACACGGCCGAGAUUCGAAGCGCCCUGGAGAAGGGGUCCCGCCUCAUCUCGAGCCUCAUGCUCAAGCUGUACGGCAAGGGUGACUCGGCCCGCGGCGGCUUCGGCCAGACCAUCCACACCACCCUUCCCUUUGUCAAGUCGGAUCUUCCCGUCGCCAUCGUCUUCCGCGCCCUCGGCGUCGUCUCCGACGAGGAUAUCCUCAACCACAUCUGCUACGACCGCAACGACAGCCAGAUGCUGGAAAUGCUGCGCCCCUGCAUCGAGGAGGCCUUUUGCGUCCAGGACAGGGAGGUCGCCCUCGACUUCAUCGGCAAGCGCGGCAACCGAGACCAGGCCGGUCUCGGCCGCGAGAAGCGCGUCCGCGUGGCCAAGGAUAUCCUGCAGAAGGAGACGCUGCCGCACAUUUCCCAGGUCGAGGGCAGCGAGACGCGCAAGGCCUUCUUUCUCGGCUACAUGGUUCACAAGCUGUUGCAGUGCGCCCUCGGACGGCGCGAGCCCGACGACCGUGACCAUUUCGGCAAGAAGCGACUCGACUUGGCCGGACCCCUUCUCGCCAAGCUGUUCCGCGGCAUCAUGCGUCGCAUGAACACCGAGCUCGCCAACUACCUCCGGCGAUGCGUCGAGGGCAACCGGCACUUCAACCUGGCCGUCGGCAUCAAGCCGGGCACCCUCUCCAAUGGCCUCAAGUAUUCGCUGGCGACGGGAAACUGGGGCGACCAGAAGAAGGCUAUGAGCUCGACGGCCGGCGUGUCCCAGGUGCUGAACCGAUACACCUUCGCCUCGACCCUGUCGCAUCUGCGGCGGACCAACACGCCCAUCGGCCGCGAUGGAAAGCUCGCCAAGCCGCGGCAGCUGCACAACACGCACUGGGGGCUCGUCUGCCCCGCCGAAACGCCCGAGGGUCAGGCCUGCGGCCUCGUCAAGAACCUGUCCCUGAUGUGCUACGUCAGCGUCGGCUCCCCGGCCGACCCGCUGGUCGAGUUUAUGAUAAACCGAGGCAUGGAGGUGGUGGAGGAGUACGAGCCCUUGCGGUACCCUCACGCGACCAAGAUCUUCGUCAACGGAGUCUGGGUCGGUGUCCACCAGGACCCCAAGCACCUGGUCAGCCAGGUGCUCGAUACCCGGCGGAAGAACUACCUGCCGUUUGAGGUGUCCCUCAUCCGGGAGAUCAGGGAUCAAGAGUUCAAGAUCUUCUCGGACGCCGGACGAGUCAUGCGGCCCGUCUUUACCGUGCAGCAGGAGGCGGAUGCCGAGACGGGGCUGGAGAAGGGACAGCUCGUCUUGACCAAGGAGCUCGUCAACAAGCUUGCCAAAGAACAGUCGGAACCGCCCGAGGACCCGAGCGCGAAGCUUGGCUGGGAGGGGCUCAUCAAGAACGGAGCGGUGGAGUACCUCGAUGCCGAGGAGGAGGAGACGGCCAUGAUCUGCAUGACGCCCGAAGACCUCGAACUGUACCGUCUCCAAAAAGCGGGCAUCGCCAUCGACGACGAUCCCGGCGACGACCUCAACAAGAGGCUCAAGACGAGGACCAACCCGACGACGCACAUGUACACGCACUGCGAGAUCCACCCCAGCAUGAUCCUGGGUAUCUGCGCGAGCAUCAUUCCGUUCCCCGAUCACAACCAGUCCCCGCGUAACACGUAUCAGUCCGCCAUGGGUAAGCAGGCCAUGGGCUUCUUCCUCACCAACUAUUCCAGACGCAUGGACACCAUGUCCAAUAUCCUCUACUACCCCCAAAAGCCUCUGGCGACGACGCGGUCGAUGGAGUUCCUCAAGUUCCGCGAACUGCCCGCCGGCCAGAAUGCGAUCGUCGCCAUCUCCUGCUACUCGGGCUACAACCAGGAAGACUCGGUCAUCAUGAACCAGAGCAGCAUCGACCGGGGCCUCUUCCGAAGCCUCUUCUUCCGAUCCUACUCGGACCAGGAGAAGAAGGUGGGCCUGAACUACACCGAGGUGUUCGAGAAGCCCUUCCACCAGAGCACGCUGCGCAUGAAGCACGGCACGUACGACAAGCUGGACGAGGACGGCAUCGUCGCCCCGGGCGUCCGCGUCUCCGGCGAGGACAUCAUCAUCGGCAAGACGGCGCCCAUCGACCAGGAGAGCCAGGACUUGGGGACGAGGACGACGGUGCACCAGCGUCGCGACAUCUCGACGCCGCUGCGAAGCACCGAGAACGGCAUCGUCGACUCGGUCAUCGUCACGGUGAACCAGGACAACGUCAAGUACGUCAAGGUGCGCGUUCGGACGACCAAGAUCCCGCAGAUCGGCGACAAGUUUGCCUCGCGUCACGGGCAGAAGGGCACUAUCGGCGUGACGUACCGGCAGGAGGACAUGCCCUUCACGCGGGAGGGCGUCACGCCCGACAUCAUCAUCAACCCUCACGCGAUUCCGUCGCGAAUGACGAUUGCCCAUCUGAUCGAGUGUCUCCUCAGCAAAGUUUCGACGCUCGAGGGCAUGGAGGGCGAUGCGACGCCCUUCACCGACGUGACGGUCGACUCGGUCUCGGAGCUGCUGCGCAAGCACGGCUACCAGUCUCGCGGCUUCGAGAUCAUGUACAACGGGCACACGGGUCGCAAGCUGCGCGCGCAGGUCUUCUUCGGCCCGACCUACUACCAGCGGCUGCGGCACAUGGUCGACGACAAGAUUCACGCGCGCGCCCGAGGGCCGGUGCAGAUCAUGACGAGGCAGCCGGUGGAGGGUCGCGCGCGCGAUGGCGGCCUGCGGUUCGGAGAAAUGGAGCGUGAUUGUAUGAUUGCUCACGGCGCAGCCGCCUUCCUCAAGGAGCGCCUGUUCGAGGUGUCGGAUGCGUUCCGAGUCCACAUUUGCGAGAUUUGCGGACUCAUGACGCCGAUCGCGAAUCUCUCGAAGCAAUCGUUCGAAUGCAGACCUUGCAAGAACAAGACCAAGAUUGCGCAGAUCCACAUUCCGUACGCCGCGAAGCUGCUGUUUCAGGAGCUGCAGGCGAUGAACAUUGCGGCGAGGAUGUUCACGAACCGAUCUGGAGCGUCCGUCCGAUAA